CGGAAUUACAUCGUCAGGUUGUGGCGAGCACUGAAUUCGAAUUCAAAUUGAAUAAAAAACGAGAACAUAAAAUAUAUAUUUUUUCUAGCAUUGAACUUGUAGGAGCCACAAAAGUAUUCGACAUGUCCAUGUUCCGCGAUAAAUCUUCGGUCACCAAGCACCGAACCUCGAGACCUUCGCGUCGCUCGAGCAAAAGAAUAUAUUGCUGCAUCGCAAAAGAGUACUACAGUGAAUUCUCCAACAUGGUGGACACGCUGCACAUCACACCUCGGAUGAUGAUUCACAAAAAGUGCUUCAAAGUCAACAACACCUACGGGCUCACCCUCAACAUCAGAAACAGUGGAUUGUUCCCCCGGCUUCUCAAACUAACCACUGACAGUCCCGAAGAUACGUCCAUCAGCAUUCCGGAAAUGGAGAUGCAUCGUUACCUGGAAACCGACGAGGUGCUGGAGGUAAAGGUUUGGAUUAGGAGCAACACCAAGCGGGACAUCAACCGGCGGCGGCACAUCCUUAUCGAGUCGUUCCACCCAAACAUUAUCUUCCAAGUGCCCAUUAUCGUGUUGGACAAGCUGAAGGAUCCUUCGGUCUGCGACUCUAUAACCUUCCCCAGCUGUGUGCCCGGAAACAAAACCCACUUCGAACUGAUCGUCUACAAUCCCACCAAAGAUCGCAUCCGAGUGCGGUAUAGAAACACUAACCGAGGUCUGGAGAUCAGCAGCAACAACAAGGACGUUCUACCGGCAGAGGACUACGUGAAACUGUUGCUGGUAAUCGAGCCGAAGAAGCUGCAAGUCUACAAGGGCUUCUUCAACAUCAAAUUCGGAGUGAUGCCGCCCAAACCUGUGAUGUUCCAGUUCACGCCAAAAUCGAUGGGCGUAUACCUGAGCCUGGGCAAGCUGGAGUUCGGGCAGGCGAGGUUUUCGAGGGAGGAGAUGCGUAAUGUCAUCGUAUGCAACGAAACUCCGCACGAGGUGUACAUCAGUGGGGAGUUCUAUAAGGAUCCCAAGUUGGAGCCAGUCGUGACAGUCGAGUCCUCGAGCAGUGGCGGGGAGGAAGAUUCGGGCGGAUUAUCGAACAAGAUCAUUGACGACGCCAUCAGCAUGCACAGCGUGCUCCUCUACGACUUCGAGGAGGACAACAAUAUCCAGCAGGUGCUCUAUCACCCUGGAGCGUCGAAACACUUUGAUUAUAUCGUGCCCAACAGGAUCUCGGGUCUGACAUCCGGCGAAAUCAAGCUCAUCUUCCGGCCCCUCUACGAUCCACACGAUCCAUUUCCAGAGGACAUGGAGCCACCAUACUUCCAGCGGACGCGGAUCAACUUUUGUGUAACCGACGCGGAGGACUGCUACGAAAGCCACUUUGUCGUGAUGUCCGGCGAAAUCGGUGGCAUCGAAGUGGAGACACAUCCGAAGGUGAUCGACUUCCGGAAGGUGUAUCUCGGCGAGGAGCAUUGCGCCCAAAUCAAGAUCCUUAACGUGGACGCUGUGCCCGCACGGGUGGUAUACAAGGACUGCCUGGAGCCUGAUCUGGCCGGAAUAAGGGUCAUGCCCGUGGAGGGCUAUCUCCUAGAGCCGUGCACCCGCGGCAUCUUCCAUUUGUCGUUCUAUUCGCUUUUUCCAAACCGAUUCUCGAUGACGUUGCGCUUUAAGGUGGAGAACGGAGCUCACUACAAGAUAGUUUUGAAGGGCACUGGGCAGCAGGUGCAGCUUCGCACCUUCCCGCAGCUGGUGGAGUUCGGCAGUAUCCCGGUGGCCGUACCCCAGAAGCGAUACAUGCUCCUGAUGAAUCCUCUGGCGGUACCCAUCACGCUACAGGUGAAGCCCACUGACGACGGGGAGGAGACGCCGCUGGUGCUCAACAUCCGCGAUUCCACUGAGAUGCUGCCCAUCACUAUCCGCGAUCCCAUCCGUCACCUGCAGAGUGUCCACGAGGAACUCCAACGACGCGAAAACGAACCUUACGAGAAGAUCACCCUCACGGAACAUCUGCCAGACUCUAUGUCCGUGAAAUCCUUUCAGACGAGCGACUCCAUCUACAGCUUGGAUUUUGAGGAAGAGGUGAUGGAGCCCAUUCCCCAGAUGGCUGCCCAGUUGCUGACCCACUUGAAAAAGCAAAAGAUCUUUGACAAGUCGGAGACUGACCGCCGCGUCAUCCAGGAGGCACUAAUGGGUCUCAUGAACACCAAGUACUUUUCCGUAUUCACCAAGCACAAUAACUACAUUUUCAUGGACUGGAACGCGAUUCCGAGUGACCCGCGAGAGAUAUACUGCGAUAACGAGAUCAUCUACCUGCGACCCAACACAGGACGCAGCAUCACCAUCCUGCUGAUUCCGAACAAGGUCGGCUACCACCACCGCUCGCUCUCCGUUCGCAUCUGUCCCGCCCUUCCGCCGCCUGGCAAUGUGGAUUCUAGUGAAGAUUAUCCCGUGGAAAAGACACUCGUCAAGACAGAGUUCCUUUGCUCCAAACUCUGGUUCGAAUACAACUGUUUUUCCCCCGAGAUCCUGUGGAACAACACGGUGGACCUUUCGUCACGGACCAUCUAUGCCGGAGAGGACUACGCCUUUGACAUUCUUUUUACCAACCGUUCCAUUGUCGGUGGGUUCAUCCACUUCGAUGUCAUUCCCACUGACAUGAGCUUCCGCGACGGCACCUGGAAAUUCUACAUUGACGCCCAGUCAGAGGUCACGGCCAAGUGCGCGGUCACGUUUCGCUCCCUGGGCACAGCCCGCCUCUCGGGCCUAGUCAAGAUCGUGGGGGCAUCGCACCCGUACCCCUUCCACCUUUUCGCCAACGUGCUGCCGACGGAGAUCCGGAUCACGCCGAUGUACGUGCACCGCCGGCUCACUGUCUACGAGGAGAACGAGGUGCACUUCUACAUCGACAACUACACGCCCACCCAUACAAAGCUGAGCAUGAGGCUGAAAGAUACAUCGUUCCAGUAUCUGACCCUGAGAGGAGGGGCGCUGGCACCCACGGGCCAGAGUAUGUACACAACGCUGAAGUCUCUGUUCCCCGACCCGGAUCUCUACCAAAACACCUUGUACGUCGACCUGCAGUUCGAACACGUCAUGAUGCUGCCUAUAACCUUCCUGGUGGAGGGGGUUCCCCUGUACUUCGAGCCCAACAUCCGCGAGGGCUUCGAUUUCGGCCAGCUGUACACGGACACUCGGACGCAGUUCCAGGACGGCACUUACAACCAUCGUUUUCCGGUGCGGGUGAUCAACAAGGGCCUCCGUGCCUACCGCGUGAUCAUUAUCCGGCUGAGCAGUAUCGGUCCGGAAACCUCCCACUGUGCCCUGCACGCUCUCACGGCGCGCUUCGACGUGGACCCCAAGAACCUGUACCUACAUCCCAAUGGCGAGGAAAAACUGGACCUCCUAGCCAGCUCGUACGUUGAGGGGCGCUGCACCGGUGACUUCCUGCUGCAGGUCAUCGACCAAAAAUACCCACAGCGCAAGCACAUCAUUCGGAUCAGGGUUACGGCCAAGUUCGUCGAAGCCCAGCUCAAUUGGAGUCCUAGACAGCUCAACUUCAAAUACAAGCAUUGCGAGCCGUUGAGGGACCGAUCCUACGUUGAAACCCCCCUUCUGAUUAAUCCGUGUUCCGUGACCAUCGACCAGGUUGUUCUUCAGGUGACCGGCCCUUUCAGGAUCAAGGAACUGUACGAGGACAGCUUCGAAAAGGAGAUUACUAUAAAGAUGAACGGCAACGAGCGAAAGGAGAUCUUCGUAGUCCUCAAUCGGGGAGCAAUGAGGCAGCUCUUCUGCCGUCAAGUCGAGGGCAGGAUCAAUGUGUACGCGGUGGGGAAACAGCUUCGACCCCUGUCCUUACGGGUGGCUGUCCUGGUGCCAGAUGUGGUCAUCCUCCAGCCGGAAAUAGUACUUUUCGAUAGAGGAUCUCCGUACGACAGCAACGUGCAUCUCGUCAAUCAAGGCUGCCUGCCAGCAGAGUUCAAAUGGAAGAGGCUGGAAACCAGCGAGGUCUUCAUUGGAGACAAGGACGAUCCGGGUGGCAUCGUGGCCGAUCUUCUUUCGGAGAUUCUUCGCAUGCUGGAGUACAACUUCAGCUGCUCCGAAGAGUCGAAUAUGACGAAGAGGUAUCAGGAAUGCCGCUGCCAGUUCCGCCGCGAAGUGGAAAACGGCGAUAUGAUCCUGGAAAUUCUGGACGAGAUUGUCAACGAUCUUGAGCUGAGACAUCGACCUCUUCUCUAUCCCGUCGACAAAGAGGUGGAGGAGGACCCAGACCAGAGCUCCUCAAGUAUGGUGCGUGAAACCAUCAACGACAUUCUGGCUAGGUUGCACAUCGAUUCCAGUGACAAGUGGUCGGAGCCGUCCACCGAGUACUGCUUCGCCAGUCGCUUCAUCUACUUCCACGAGAAGUCUGGGACGGUGGAGGUGCCGGAUGCCCAAACAACUGACCUGGCAUGCAAGCUCCACCUGCCCCACAUUCGGCGAAACUUCGAGAUGCGUGCCGUCUUUGAGCUGUCGGUGAUUGGGGGACGGAGUCAACGAUUAUCCGUGGCCCUGGUGAAUCUGGGACAGAAGGUCAAGUUCUACAAAGACAACACUUACAUGGGCAUAAAGCCCUGGUAUGAGACCUUCGAUGCGGUGGUCCGAGUCACCAACAUUACCAAGUACCCGCUCCAGUUGGUAGUCGUAGAAGUGAAGCCUCCGCCCGCCAAGCCGUUCGCAGCCACCAAAGAGGAAAAGGAAGCGCUCCAAGAGAAGCGCCUGGUGGAGGGCUUUUGCAAGCUCAUAACCAGCGACCUGAUGAACUUGGACCCCCUCGGAACUGAUCAGAUCCGGGUGAAGGGCAUCCUUGGCUUCAGCGAGAGCUUCCGGCACUCGUACGGGGCGGUGAUCAACAACAGCGACUCCAACUACUUCUGGCUGAAGGGGCAGGGGGUGAUGCCUAUUCUAGACAUGACAUCGGCGCUCCCUGUCGUUCCCUUGGAUGCCUACGAAGUGCAGGAGGAGUACAGACUGCUGCAGCGCAUCUACCACUACGAGAUUUUCCGCACCAUCACCGAGUUGGAUGAGGAGCCAAAGUUCAUCGGGGAGGAGGAGGACCAGCAGGAGGAGCUCGGUAACUCUGUAUCUGAAGACUUCUCUCUGCUCUCCUCCAGUGACGAGGACAUGCCCUCCGAGCGGCAGGCCCAGCACGACCUCCAGCUCUUCCGCAUGGUUCGCACCUACGUGAUGGUGAACAACAACCAGGAACUGCCCCACGCCACGGUCCUGCGGCAGUUGAUCCUCGCCGAGCGGUAUAUGCUGCGUCUGCGCCUCAAGCCCGAGCUAUACAGCCUCCACCAGCAGGUGUACCAGAGCUACCAGAAGGUUCACAAAGUUCCGGGCUUCAAGCAGCCAGCGAUGGUCAAGCACUUCACCGUGCAGCCCAUUCCCUGCGAGCAGCAGAGCUACGUCCUGGAACUGGGUCCGCUCAUGUGGAACACCCUGCGAAAGUUCGAGAUCAAGCUCCACUUCUUUGGUCCCGGAAAACUGAUAGCCGCCGCUCGGACAGCCGUGAGGAUUCCAGGACUGUACGUCGACUUUAACGUAGUCGAAGCACAGCACUUGGACAAGAAGUUUUCGUUUUGGGCGGAGCAGUGCAAGGCCCUGGAGUACUUUAAACAAAAGUAUCGCAACAUGUUCGAGCGUCUGAUGGACGCCGAGGAUCCGAAACUGAAGCAUUCGCACUCCUUUGACCUGGACAGCUUGGUGAUGCACCAACGGGACCUGACGCCGAAGGACCGACGCCUCAUCGAGGAGUACUACAACAGCCUGAAUCCCUCCGUGUAUCCGGACCACAAGCACCACUUCACCCUGGCCAAAGUCUACUCUGGCUGCCUGUCGAACUACUCGGGGGUGGAUGUGACCUUGGUGGGAUUCUUCAAGCCUGAGGAGCGUUUCUACGCGAAGAAUCAGUUGGUGGAGGACUACAUUUACAUCGAUCUCCAUAUGGGUCCGACUCUGCCCAUCCUAAUGAGAGGCGUCCUCGUGUCCUAGACAAAUCUGUAUCUUUUAUGCAUUUAUUGGGGGUGGUGGGGGAGCUUGGGGUGUUGGGUUUCACUUAUGUGCAGUAAUAAAGCGUUUUCUUCCUCGGGAGAGGGGAGCCAUCAGCA